AUGGCCAUGAUGUAUGCAGGCUUGAGUUGCUCUUCAAUCCUGCGAACAAAUCCUCUUGCAGUUCCAUGGGCGGCUCUGAUUAAGAUGUUUGCUCCAUUCGGAAACAUAGUGUCAGAAGACUUCUUGUGGCACACUCGAGGUCCUAAACGUGGAGAGCCACGUGGAUACGCUUUUGUUCAAUUCAGCACCAAAGAGGAAGCUGAACUGGCCAAGGAGAAGAUGCAUGGGAAGCUGGUUUAUGGUCGCCCAGUGGUUGUUCGCCUUGCUAGCGAGAAAUACCUGAUGGAGUCAUCCAAGACUAUCGGGGAGGCAAGCAAAUCAAACCUCGUUGGAGGUUUCGCAGGACAAUCGAAUAAAAGCGCAAAGAUAGCUGCUAUAAAGAGUAAAUUGAAGGCCAUGGAGGAAGAGAGCCACAUAACCAAAAAACUGAAACAGGCUGAUGACACGCCUGACACCUAA